UGGGAUCCCUUGACGCGUUUUCUGAGGGCUGAUUUGGCAAACAGUGACCGCAGCUCAAAAUGAGGGUUGGGACAAGAAAUGAUCUCAACCAAUCCUGCUUGACUACCACUCAACUGACGAGGCGCGCAAACAGAUGAACCAUGAACAAGAGCAAAGCACUUUGUUCGAUGUUUGGAGGUCGAUGCGGGACCCACCAAGAAUUCAAUGAUUGGUCAACCGUUACUCCUGCACACUGCAGGCACUCAACGCGGUCGACGCGUAUCAAUUCAUUCAUCCAUCCAUCGUCACUUCAAUUUUGACAAGUUCGCAAACGCGUAUGAUUCGAAGACUCCGCCCAACUAUUCACUAUAGUCAAUUGGACGAGAUUCACUUUAGGGAGAAUCAUGGAAGGACUCAUAGGUCCAAACUACAAAGUUGGCAACCAGGCUUUCCUCCAAGCACUGAUGGCUCGGGGGACCCUGACAUACGACGAGGCUCGCCCCAUUCUAGCCGCCAUAUGGAAUGCCGACGAUGGCUCGCAAGAGCACGACGAGGAGGAAAUCACCGAGGAAAUCUUUGAGGAAUACAUCAACUUGGCCCGUCAAGCUGUCUCACUGUUCGAUUAUGAGGUCCGCAGAGCAACGCACCAAAAAACAAAAGAACAUUUGUAUGCCCUCAUCAACACCACAUCAGAUCCACAGACACAGCUGGCAACAACUUUCACUGCCGAUGAGCUCGCGUUCAUCAAGCGGCUGCUGGUAGCCAUCUUCGAGUCCCACAACAGCCCACGCAUGGAGGUCAUGGCGAUCACACAGAUGCAAGCAAUCAAGUUGGCGAGGCCACGGUCGAGGCCAAGUCAGGCACACGAUGAGGAGAGCACGCAGGUGCCGACAGACCGUGGACUAAAGCACAGUGAGGUGGAGGAUGUGCUGGCGAACAUGACAGCCGGCGGCUGGCUGGAGAAGAGUCGAGAGGGCUUCUACAGCCUGUCGCCAAGGGCGCUCUUGGAGCUGCGUCCUUGGCUCAUUGAGGAGUUCAACAGCCCAGACGCCGAACCGGACGAAUGGCAGCCUAUCAAGACCUGCGCGGCUUGCAAGGAGAUCAUCACGUACGGGCUGCGAUGCGCAGAGCCGCUUUGCAACCUCCGGCUGCACGACAUUUGCGAAGACGCAUUCUGGAGGUCAAGAGGCAACAAUAACUGUCCCAAAUGCGCGCGCGCGUGGACUGGCAAGAAUUAUGUCGGUGAGAGGGCGGUUACGAAGACAGACGCGCACGAGAGACGGCGGACGGCGGGCGGCGCGAGGAGAAGCAAUGCGGCCGAAGAGACUACGCGCCACGCACAGCCCAACGAGGGCGACUCGGACGACCAAGGGGUCGACAGUGACGAUAAUUCGUAAAGACCAGCGCUUCACAAUGAAUGAAUGGAUGGAUGGACCUCCUGCGUGGCUGUGCCAAGAUUCUCUAAGAAGAGUUGGGCGCCAAAGAACUUUGAAGGUGCAUCUAGAUUUGCGAGGUUGGAGAAGGUGUGGCUGAUGACAUCACCAAGGGUCCAAGUGUGGCGGUGCACACGCGGCCAA